AUGUUCGCGCUGCCCGCCCUCCUGCUCUCCGCGACGCUGCUCGGCGGCGUCGUGGCUGCCUCGCCGUCUGUCAAGCUCGGGAAGGCCACCGUCGUCGGCACAGGUGACGGGGUGGUUUCGCAGUUCUUGGGCAUCCCGUAUGCGCAGCCACCAGUGGGGGAUCUCCGGUUGCAGCUCCCCAAAGCGGUCACAUCUUACAAGGGCACUCUCAAUGCGACGACGUUCGGAAACCAGUGCAUACAGCAAUCACUGGCUUUGCCGGAUCUGCCCGACAACGUACCGCCUGCUAUCCCGGCUACCCUUUCGGCGCUCGUUUCGGUGGAGGUUCAAGGGCCGACCCAGAGCGAGGACUGCUUGAACCUCAACGUCAUUGCGCCAGCAGGAGCGAAGUCGACAUCCAAGCUUCCCGUUGUCUUCUGGAUUCACGGUGGUGGAUUCCAGGUCGGCUCGAACGCUGUUGAGCCUGGAGAGGUCGUCGUCAACAGGUCGAUCGCAAUCGGGGAGCCCAUUAUCUUCGUAGCGACAAACUACCGGCUCAGCGCGUUUGGGUUCUUGGGAGGAAGCGAAGUCAAGGAUGCCGGACUCGGUAACCUUGGGCUCCACGAUCAGCGGUUGGCCCUUGAGUGGGUUCAGAGCCACAUCGCCGCCUUUGGAGGGGACCCCGCCAAGGUCACGAUCUGGGGCGAAAGCGCAGGAAGCAUCUCUGUCGCCGCACACAUGAUCGCGAGCGGCGGCAGCACAGGCGGGCUUUUCCGCGCCGCAUGGAUGGAGUCUGGCUCCGCGUUCCCGUCCGGCGACAUCACGAAAGUGCAGCCUACCUUCGACUUCAUCACUUCGCAGGUCAACUGCACAUCGGCGUCGGACAAGCUCGCGUGUCUCCGCACAGUUUCGACAGAGGAUAUCAGGGCGGCGAUGGACCAGACGCCCACGGUCAUCUCCUUUGAGGCUCUGAACAUCCCGUACUGGCCCCACGCGGACGGCGUUUUUCUGAAGGACCACCCUCAGAAACUCGUCCAGCAGGGCAGUGUGGCCAAGGUCCCAUUCGUUGCCGGCUCGAACGAAGAUGAAGGGACGCUCUUUUCCCUUUCGACGCUCGGCCUCAACUCCACCGAUGACUUCGCUGGCUACCUCAAGGGCAACUACUUCCCCGAUGCAUCCAACGGGACCAUCGAAACCUUGAUGUCGCACUACCCUGAGGACCCAGCGACUGGGUCGCCUUUCGACACCGGCGAUGACUUCGAAAUCACGACCGUGUACAAGCGCAUGGCAGCGUUCCAGGGUGACCUCAUCUUCCAGGCUCCUCGUCGUUUCUUCCUCAGUGAGCGCUCCGCCAAGCAGCCCGCGUGGUCAUUCUUCAGCCAGCGUAACAAGAUCCCUGGUCUGGGAGCUAUCCACUCCUCCGAGCUCUCCGUCAUCUUCGGCGGGCAGGACAUGACGGACUACCUCGUGCGCUUCGUGACCACGCUCAACCCGAACGGCCUCGGGGCGUACUUCUGGCCAAACUACCUCCCGAACUGCACGCAGCUGCUCACGUUCCUCGACGGCGACACGACCCUGGACAUCAUCAUGGACGACUUCCGGCAGAACGCCACGGACUUCCUUACACAGCUCAGUCUCGAGCAGCCUAUCUAGGUUCCCUUCCUGUCAUUAAUUUCCCUCUCUUUCUCGGUUUACGCACACUCUUUCUGUGGUUUACUUAGUAUCGGGCAUGUAUGUACU